UGAUGCCUUCAGGUUCCAUUUAAUGUUGUAAUCGUUUCUGGAUGAUUUAAACCUGGUGUUCCGGUUUGGUUUUAGGCUUUUCAGUACUGUGGAGGGAGAAGCCUGUUCAUAGUAACUGGUAAGAAUGGAGGACACAAAGAACAAAACUCCCAGCUGGGCUUUGACUUUGCCAUUCUGGGGUGUUGUUUCAGACGUGUAAUACUGGAUAGACACAGUGAGAUGUGGUGGCAGCAGCAGUUACAUAUUCCCUGACAUAGGUGGAGCCAUUGACUUCAACUAUAAAGCACAUAAAAAAUUUGUGAGAGAACAGAGUGCCUCAUGUCCCCGUGUCCUGCUUAUGGAGGCACCUUUUGCGAUACUCCUGGAGAGUAUCCACCCUUGUCUGACAAAGUCAGGCUGGUGUUAUGUGAAGCAGGGAACACACAACAGUUCUGAAAAAAAAAAAAAAAUCACCUCAUUUUAGCAAGAAUUAAUUACAGCACUGGUGAUCCGAAGCAGGAGUGAGUUCCAUGACCUGUUGUGGUUUGUCUUGUAGGGCUGUUGCAUUCUGUGGAAGACAGCAGUGCCCUGAACCUAUUAGUUGAAGGGACAGUAGCAGCUGAAGGAGGAACUCUUGAGUGUGAAUCUAAGGAUCUUCAGCAGUUUCGGUUCUGAUCUCUUCUUUGGAAGGAUGCAUUUUUAAAGGCCAGUCUUCAUACAGUAGGAAGCCUAGUCUGUGCAAUUACCAUAAUUUUUUAUGCUUUUAAGCUAGAUUUUUCCCCUUUAAUUCCUGAAUCCUUAUGUUUACUUCCUGAGGCUGUCCUGAGGCUCAAUUUGUUGCUUGCAACUCAUUUCCAUGCAUGGUUUGUAGUGUAGCUGAAGCAGGGUUGCUGGAAUGAUGCCUCAGAGAGCUUGAGCUGGGCUAUCAGAAGUAAUAGUGCUGGGAAUGCUGCUGUAACUGCUCUCUCAGCAUGUCUGUGCUCAUUUCAUUUCUAAGCUCUUUGCUUGCUGGUCUGCUAAAGCCCCAUGGAAGAUGGAUUGUGAGUUCUCUUUUGUGUAUGUUACUGAUCCUGUUUUUUCUGCCUAGUUCUGGUGAGACUUGUUGUGGAGCUGAAGUCAGAACAGUACUUAUACUGCAUUUUGGAUGAAAGUCAGAAGGAGCUGUGCAAAGCAACUACCAUGAGAAGCAGCCUGCCCACAUUUUCUCUCUUGGGCAAGCUGGCAGAUGCCAUCCCAGGCUUUGCUGAAAUGCUGGUGGUAAAGCACAAUAAUUUAGUGGAUCAUCUGCUGAUGGGCUUGACAUACCCAAAUGAACGUAUAAAGGCUGCUGUCUGCUACUUGUAUGGCAAGCUGUACUCGUCUCCUGUUGGCACAGAACGGCUCUCAGGACACUUUGAAGAAAGGCUGUGUGGUGUCUUCUUGAAUACUCUGGGGUGUGCACAGACAAAGGAGCUGCAGAUUAAUUGUUUGGGUUUGCUAAAGGAGCUGUUGAAAUCUGACCAUUUUGUAUCUAUUUUUAUGAAUAAUUUAAAGACAGAGGAGGAGUCUGAGAACACUGACUUCUUAGAAGGGGAAAAUCCACUGCCACUUGUUCUCAAAAAGCUCUUGUUGACCAGAGAUGAAAUGUUACAGGCAGCGAGUUCUCACUGUAUGGCUGCAGUGCUGGUUCACUCGCCUAGCAGAUAUGCUCCUGCUUUUAUCCAUGCUGAUGUCCCAGAGUUCCUCUUUGAGUGUCUCUUGUGCAAAAGUGAAGUCGUCAUCUGGUCAGUGUACUGCUGCCUGCUCCUCCUGACUGAAGAGCGCCUUUUCUUCUCCAAGUGUCACACGGUCUAUGGCAUUGAAUCUCUGGUGAAGAGUCUCCAAGGUGUUCUGCUGCUGAACAAUGUGGAGUUGCACAAACAAGGACUCCUGCUCUUCACUGAAAUAAUGAAACGGCAACCAGUGGAAAUCAAAUUAUUCACAAACCGAGGUGUAUGUAUAGAAGCCAUUGAUGUUUUGAUGGAGACAGUGAACUGCCCAGUGCUGGAGGUGGCGGUGGAGGCUGUGCAAGCUGUGGCUGCUUUCCUGAGGAAGGACCAUCUGAGCUCCCCUCCAGUCCCAUAUGAAGAACUGCAGAAGCUUCUGGAGGCAGUGCUGAAGCGAUGUGCUGACCUUUCCCCACCACAGAGUAGUAAGAGGCAUGCAGGUGAUCUCCUAUUCUCAGUGUCUCAGAGUCACCCAGCAAACAGAAAUCUUGGUAGAGCUCCUCAGAGACAGGGUCAGUUCUUGCUCAAUACCCUGGAAAGUUUCAGAAAUGCUUGCAGGUUAGCCGUGGAGUUCCAGGGUGACUUCAUGGCCCAAGAGAAUGCUUUCACUGCCCCCAACUCUGAGAGCAAAGACACACUAAGCAACUUUUCUGAGUUCCUGUUGAGGAUUUGUGACAGUCUCUGCAUCCCCAUGGUCAUGAGCUAUCUGGAAAGGGCUGUCAGCCCGUCAGUGACGGAGGUUUUCAUCUCGACACUCAAUACCCUCUUUGCAGUGGUGCCAAGCAUGCGGAAUAAGUUCUCCAAGAAGCUGGCAUCUUCGUCCUUCAUCCGACUGACACUGGAGCUCAAGGCCAGAUUUUGCUCUGUACAGAGUAAUCCUGUCCUGAAUCACACCUGUUCCAGCUUCCUCUGCAACUUAUGCCUGAACCUUUACUCAGCCACAGAGAAGACGAGAACUUCUUCUCAGGAGGAGCAGGAGAUGUCUGAGCUCCUGCAGAAGGGUCUGCCUCAGUUAAACUACACCAUUGCUGAAAGCCUUCUUCUCCUGUCUGAAACCCCUGAGCCAUUCUUUUUGGAUCAGUCUCUCUGCAGCCACCAGCACUGUUUCCUACUACUCUUAUACUUCGCCUACACCUUCGGGGAUAGGUUUGUUCCAGAUGCAGAAUUAUUUCUAGCUGUAAGAAAUUUUCUCCUAUCAGCACAGGAUCAUGGAGACUGUCCCCCUCCACACAUACUCAGAGCUGCACUUUACCUCCUUGCUGUCUGUCAGGACAAAGACAAAGCCCUGGAUAUGAGGUCUUUGUCUACCAUAAGAAGGAUCCUGGAUAAUCUUCCAGAUCUGAGCUUGGUCUAUGUCCAUUGUCCUCUCCUGCUGAAAUUCUUCCUGCACUACCCUGAACUCAUGGGGAAAUGUGGACACCAAGUCCUCCAACUCUGGUUUUCCUGGGAAGACUGCAAGCAGACUGAGGUUGAAGAAGCUGAUUUUGGCUCAUCUGAUCAACUGACCAGUGCUAACCCAUUGCUUCCCAUUCUGAAGAGCAAUACCAGCAUUUUGCUUAUUUUACUGGACCUGGUCUGCUCAAGCUCUGUGGAAGUGGCUUGGAAGGUGUUGAUGACUCUAAGGACCUUUCUGGAAAGAAAUGAGGAUGUCCUUGUCUGUGAUCUGCUUCGGAGCCGAUUUUUACAGAUUCUGCAGCAGCUUCUGGUAGAGAGCAGCUCAGCCACCCUACAAGCUAACAGGAACCUGCCUAUUUUGCUGAGCCUUCUUUUCCUGGUGCAGCUGCGAAGCAAGGGCAUAAGGGAGCUGGACAGCACAGACUUCAAGCUGCUUCACCAGGUCUGUAAUCUCUGUGGGAAAUGCACGCCAAGGGACACUGACCUCCUGCAGCCAUCCUUGAAUUUUCUGUACUGGAGCCUUCAUCAGACAACACCUUGCAGUCAACAGAGAGCAGCGGCUGUGCUGCUCUCCAAUGUGUCCUUGCUAGAACUCCUGCAGAAGGUUUUGGAAUGCACCUGGCUGUGGUCCUCUCCUUCCAGACCUGCCUGCCUGUCAUCUGAGGAUGCCUUGCUGUGCUCUGGAUGGCUGUUGGUGGCAUCCCUUUUGCUUUAUCAGCAUCGCUACAAUACUGAGGUUCACCAGACCCUCUCUGUAGACCUUACAGAAGUCCUGAAUGCAGUCAUCUUCAGGAAUAAGAAGCCAGUCCUGCUGUUAGUGAGCAUCAUGCAGUUCCUGAGAGCUGUUCUGCGACAGAACUUCUCCUCCUCCCUGCUGGUGAUUGCUGGCCAAAACACAGCCCCAAGUGCUACUCAACCACAGCCAUCAUCACUACAGGACAGUGCCUUGCACCCCCUUGCCAUGCAGCAGGUCUUCUCUCUUGUUGUCAGUCUGCAGAACCUUCUGGUGCAUGUCCAGUUGCAGAAAGACCUGCUGCUCUCUCAGGCAGUGGUUGCCUGCCUAGAAACCUUAGUGGAAUACCUGUAUGUGAAGAACCAGGAUGUUGCUCUGCAUGUUGCUUCACAGCCAUGGCACCGGUUCCUGCUCUUCACACUACUCAGUGGGGGCCAGAAGUCUUUUCUGCAGCCAGAAGUUCUCAGGAUGAUGACUUUGUUUGUGAGAUAUCAGAGCAGCAAUAUUAUUUCUCAGAAAGAAAUUAGCCAGAUUAUUCAGGAGGCAGCAGAAGCCAACAUAGCAGAGCUGCCUGAGGCCACGUCUCAUGCUCUUCACCUCUUUCUUUCUCAGGCUGCAAAGGCCAUCAUGGAUUUUCUCAUCAUCUGCCCCUUUCUACUGGCCUUGCUGCUGUCCCAGGGCAGCUUCACAGACCUGGAGAAACAGAGAGUAGACUCUGGCUUGGAAAUCUAUAAGAAGCUGUUUGAGGUGAAGCGCAAGGACCAGAUGAAUGCUCUGAAGAACUUGAUUGAGCUCAAUGACAUCAACCAGCAGUACAAAAUCAUUGACAUCAUGCUCAAGGGACUCUUCAAAGUGCUGGAGGACUCCCGUGCUGUCCUUAUCGCUGCUGAUGUGCCUCCUGAUGGGCCCUUCCCUCAGGAUGAGAAGAUAAAGGAUGCAUACUCUCAUGUGGUGGAGAACACUGCCUUCUUCGGGGACGUCGUCCUGCGCUUCCCCAAGAUUGUGCACCACUACUUCGACCGCAACUCCAACUGGAACAGCCUCAUCCGCUGGGGCAUCGGCUUCUGCAACCUGACGGGUGUGUUCGAGCAGGGACCCCACUCCCAGGUCCUGCAGCUGAUGGCUCAGGAGCUAGGAAUCAGUGAGAAAUCGCCUGAUUACCGCAAUCCCUUUAAAACGGACCAGUCAGAGUUUUUCCCCAGUGCUGACACCUUUCAGAAGGCGCUGCGGGAUGAGGAGAAGAGGAGGAAGAAGGAAGAGAAGCGGAAGGAGAUCCGCAAGGGCCCACGCAUCUCCCGCUCACAGUCGGAGCUGUAGCAUGCUGGGACUUGUGCCUUGCAGUGGAGGUGACACCACUGAGACACAGAGUGGCUUGCUCCCUUUUCGGCAGCUUUGGGCCAGUGCCUGGCCAUUCCCUUUCCAUUUGUGCUGUGGGUUUUGUUUUGUUGCCUUUUGUUUUUGUUCAGUGAAGGUUGCGUGGUGGUGCUGGUUGCCCCAAAGGGGCUAAAGUGAGAUACCCCUUCUGCAGAGGUAAAGCACAGACAGGACAACACUGGAGCCAUCCCCUGGUCAGGGUGUUGCUGCCUGUGGAGAAGUAGGGUGUGGGGGACACAUCUCUGGUGGAGCCCAGGGAGCCCUCCUCACUGCAGCACACCCCACACUGAAGAUGCCUCCUCCAACACGGGUGGGCUGGGGCGUGCAUCACACCAAACAGCCUCAUGAGCAAUGCUGCUUCUCUCAGUUUUGCUUUUUGUUUUGUUAAACGGGUGAUCUCAUGGGCACCCCCCACUGGGUUCUACCUGGUCUCUGCACAGCUGCUACCUCUGCCAGAUCAGACCUUCCCUUUUCCCAGCGGCUGUUUCACUGAGCAACAUGUGUUUCAUUGUCCAGACGUAGUUGAAAAUGCCGAUGGCAGCUGUUCCUGGCUGAUGGCAGGUCGGGGCCUCUGCAGGUCAUUCCCACAGAGAAGCAAAUGCCCGGUGAAUUUUUGGACAAUUUGGAGGAAUUUUGGUACUUGGCUCUUUGCAUCCAGUGGGUGGCUGUAGUGCAAGCAAUGCUGAUGCUGAAGAUGCUGGGGAGCCAGCCUUGAGCCACUGACAGCCUGUCCUGCAGCCCAUCCCUUCUCUUUGGGGCUCAUCCUCUCUAAAUGAGCCCCCAAAGCCCCUUGUCACGGGACAGCCAGAUGAGGGCAUGUGGUGAUAGCGCGGCCAAAAUAGGGAGGGAGGCAACUUGAGUGGCUGCGACCCUCCACCACGUGUCAGCUGCCAUAGGAGCACGACCCGACGCAGCCACCCUGUGAUUUGUCACCUAUGCUGAUGGCCUCGCACCAGAGCAGGCUCUUGCAGGCUUUUGCUUUCCCAAGGAGCCGGUUCGCUGUGUCGAGCUGGCAGCAUCACAGCCUUUGAGGAAAGGGAAACGUCCCGGGUUUUUUAACAGCAGAGCCAAGUCCCUCCAUUGAGGGGAGGGGGUGGCAAUAGGCGCAGUUGGUUUUUCUUGAAUAAAAUUAACUUUAUUAUUUUUUUUAA